GUCUUCUUUGGAUUGCCCUCCUUUUGACCAGCACUGGGAUUCUUCUGGUGACCUCACAAGAAGGUAUGUUCAUGAAUUAAUGGAUGUCUUAAAUCCACAACUGCCUUGUGUAGUAACCAAUUUUGUUUUUAUGUUUUGUCUCUUGUGUGACAUAUAGCAAAUGCUCUAUACAGUGGAAUCCAGAUUUUUUGAACCACCUUCACAAAACCAAAUUAGUUUGAAUUAUCAGGAGGUUUAAAAAAUCAAGGGGGUAAAAUCACAGUGUUUGACUUGUGAAGGGAAGUCUUGUUUGGUUCAAAUUCUCAGCAUUCUGCUGUACACCUGCUAACUCAUCUCACACCGUAGGUUCAUGUAUGAGCCUUACCCGUGCAGAUCAAAAACUUUGAUCUCUUGUCAGUUCCUCCGUAUGGAAAAAAUUAAGCCAUUACAUUGACACAUUUUUUAGAAUAUUGUAUUAGGUAAAAUACACUAUAAAAAUGCAAGAAUGAAUAGUCCAUGUUAUGAUCAUACUUUUUCCUAAAUCGUAGAUUUAGCGAGGGAAUUGUUUCAAUCAGCUACCUCUCACCCUUAUCACAUUAGACUCCAUGUGCUUAGGACCUGAUGGGGUGGUAGCUACCACAUGGGACCUACCUGUGAAGGUCAUGGUUCCUCCACACUGUCUCUCUGGGUAAUUCAAGUGAUUGAUUAACCUAACAAUAGUCCAACAUGUGUCUUGUUAUCCAGGUUAAGCGCUGGGACAUUACAUGUACCUCUCAUUAUUAUAAUCGUAAUCAUCAUUGUUUUGGAAAGUUUGAGAGACUGACAAUUUUUUGGAUUCGCCACCGGUGGACUGUUUGUGACAGAUAAAUGAAAGAGUUAGUUUCUAAAGAGACUGUGGUGUUGCAUUAGUGGCAUUAAGUUUAAUCAAUUCCCCUUAAAAAAGCUAAAAUACUCACCCAGUCAAAAUCAAUAGCAUGAGCAUGCUUCAUAUUCCCACGUUGAUGACGUCAACAAACUAAUUCCUUGAGUUGUUGUGAAGUUCUUCUCAAACGGCUAGAGUUGCUCUUGGCUUUUGAGUUCUCCAAACUUCCCUUGUGCUUCAUAUCUUGACUCAUGCAUUCUGAUGCUUGAACCAAUUGUUAAUUUUUUUUCAUAACAGUGUCUUGCUGUUUUCUAGUUUGCUUGUCUCCACUGGGAAUGGAAGAUGGACGAAUCAGCGAUGAUCAGAUCAGAGCAACAUCCCCACGAUCUGGUCCUUCUGGAGCAAUUUAUGCUAGAUUUAAUCAUACUGAUGGUAAUGGUGGUUGGUGUCCAGAUCAGAAAGGCCUUUUAAACAAAACACAAUAUUCACAGUUCAUACAGGUCAAGCUGGAUGAACCUGUAAGAAUUAAGGGCAUUGACUUACAGGGGAGUUCCAAGGGAUUAGGAAAAGUGGAACGUUUCCUUAUUAAUUACACCCCAAACAAAAGUGACCCUUCUUCUUGGAAGUGGCUUGGCAACUUGCAGGAGGUAUGAACUGAACUAAUGACAAAGAUCGUCAGCUAACUAGUUAAUUAUUACUCUGGAACAUUCAUCAGCCGGUGAUAAGUGCCCCAUCAUGUUAAACUUAGUUUCCUUCCCCAGCACAAUUUACUGUCCUCUUUGUGUGAACAGGCAGGGUGCAAAGAAAGUCAGUUUUACAGCUUGCCAUUCAGGCAAGCUGCAGCUAGAAUGUACUAGCCCAAGAGUCACUUUAUGUAGCCUGAAAACAUUUUUUUGAUGAGCAGGAUUGAUUACAGUGAAUUCCCCCAAAAAACUUUACCUGCCCAUCGAGGAAGUUGAGAACACAAUUCACUAGCCCAGUAGCAAAAUCCACUAGCCCCGGGCCGGAGAGUAUGUAUGUCCCUAUUCUGAUUUUCAAAUUAGGUCAUUUUGCAUUUUUAGGAGUAGGCCAUGUUCCUGUCAGUAUUUAAGCUAUCUUCAUAUCCUUUGUCGCCUUUUCAUUUAGUCCUAUGUUGCUGUUUCAAGGCCAUAUUGCUGGUGAGAAUUUUACCCUGACUGGGCCAUAUCAAUUGCAACCCGUUAUGUAAAGCAUAAUAGAUUUAAAUAAUUUAGAUAAUUUUUUUAUUGUCCAUGGAGAGAGAUCAGAAAGUUGAAGGUAGACUUGUGUCAGAAAAAUCAUUAUUGGUAUAAACUAUUUUGUUUUUCAGUAUUUUAAGGGUAAUAUAGACAGACCCGUACAGAGAACAAUUCUGAGGCCUCCACUAAUUGCAGAUGGAAUCAGGCUGGCUCCUUUAUUCAAUGUCAGUAAGCAGGUGUGCAUGAGGUUUGAGCUGCUUGGCUGUCCACUGGUAAAUGGUGAGUUGUAAUGGUAGCUAUUAACAGUAGGCGGGUAUUAAAGAAAAUGUAAACAAUAACCUUUUUGAAAACAAUUUUAUUAUUGAAGUAUAGAGAAGUCUACUUACAUGACCGUAGAAAUAGUAAGUUGAAUGUAAAAACAGAAAUUUAAUAUCACUCAAGGCUGCUCUAGCCACUGUGUGGU